CUUAGAGGAAAGAGGAAAAUAAGGACCAGGGACGUCUCCUUUCUAAUCUGAAGUGGAGGUUUUUGGCGGGAGACCGGCGGUAUCAUCCAUGUCUUCCUCCCACAUCAAUGGAAACUACAUUGAAGGGAGUGAUACAGGCUUCCAGGUUCCAGCGAAGAUGAUGAUACAAGAUAUCACUAUGGAGCUUCAUUGCUCACUGUGUAAAGAAUGGUACCGUGACCCACUGAUGCUAAGCUGUGGCCACAACUUCUGUCAAGCCUGUAUCAAAGAGUUCUGGAAGUUGCAAACUAGAGAAACAUUCUGCCCUCAGUGUAAAAUGCUAUGUCAGCACAGCAACUGUACUUACAAUCUUGUGCUGGAGAAGCUGGUAGAGAAGAUCAAGAAAUUACAAUUAAUAAAAGGUCAACCACAGUGUCCGGAGCAUGGAGAGACUCUGAAACUGUUCAGUAAGCAAGAAAGAAAACUGAUGUGCUUUCAAUGCAAGGAUAUACGGUUAUCUAUGGGAGAAUCCAGGGAGUUCCUGCAAAUCAGUGAUGCUUUCCAUAUCUUGUCGGAGGAACUUACCAUCUAUCAAGGUCAACUGGAGGCAAGCCUGAAAGAACUUCAGUCUUUGAAAAACAUGCAGCAGGAUGCUAUUGCUGAGUCCAAGGAAAACAAGGUACAACUGCAGCAACACAUUUCCCUGGAGUUUCUAAAGCUCCAUCAGUUCCUGCACAGCAAAGAAAAGGAUAUUCAAAAUGACCUCAUGGAAGAGUGGAAAGUCUUGAGCGAGGAGAUGGAGCACAACCUGAAGCAGCUUCAGGAACAAUGUUUCCUGGCCAAAGACAUGUUGGUGAGCAUUCAGAAAAGGAUGGAAGAAAAGAACCACUAUGACUUCCUCAGCGACAUCAAACAGCUUUUUGAUAGCUUGGAGCAAACAACGACGGCACUGGAACCCAGACAGCUUAUCUCCAGAAGUCUGAACCCAGGCCAGUUCAAAGGUCCCAUCCAGUACAGUACAUGGAGGGAAAUGCAGUCUAUUCUCUCUCCAGGUCUGUCUCCAUUAACUCUGGACCCUAAAACAGCUCACCCAAAUCUGCUCCUAUCCAAAAACUACACCAGUGUAUGGCACAGUGACAUUAAGCAAGCACUGACUGACAAUCCAGAGAGGUUUGACUCAAGUGUGGCUGUCCUGGCUUCCCAAGGCUUCACCUCUGGAAAGUGGUACUGGGAAGCAGAAGUAGCAAAGAAGACCAAGUGGACAGUAGGUGUCGCCAAAGAAUCCAUCGUUCGUAAGGGCAGCUGUCCUCUAACUCCUGAGCAAGGAUUCUGGCUCUUAAGAUUAAGGAACCGAACUGAUCUAAAGGCACUGGAUUUGCCUGCUUGCAUUCUAAAGCUGACUAAGAAGCUCGACAAGGUGGGCAUAUAUCUAGAUUAUGAGGAAGGGCAAGUGUCCUUCUACAAUGCUAAGAACAUGGCCCACAUUUAUACCUUCAGUAGCAUUUUCGUGGAGAAACUGUACCCUUACUUCUGCCCCUGCCUUAAUGACGGUGGAGAGAAUAAAGAACCAUUGUAUAUUGUACAUCCACAGUAAUUAGUCAUACUACUGUAUAAAUUCAGAGGCUAUUAAAUAAGUAUUGAAAUAUC